AGAACACCGUUGAUUCCUUAGUUAACGGAGUGGUGGACGACUAAUGCUACUACUACUACUUCAUAGUUAAGUAAGAAACAAAAAGCGACAUCUAUACUCUAGAAACUUCAUUUCUCUAUCCGAACCAAAAAAAUGCAGCCUCACCAGAACCCUGUCGCACUCGAUUCCGACCCACAGCUACCGCAAAUCAAAAUCCACCACCCUUCCUCCCCUCGUCACCCCUCCGCGGCGGCCACUCCCACUCCCACCGCCGGCGCCCGCCGCAAAAUUGGCGUCGCCGUCGACCUCUCCGAUGAGAGCGCAUACGCUGUACGCUGGGCCGUGCAGCACUAUAUCCGUCCCGGUGAUGCCGUGAUUCUCCUCCACGUCAGCCCAACGAACGUCCUCUUCGGCGCCGAUUGGGGCUCCAUCGACCUUUCCAUCAACACCGACCCUAACUCUGAUGAGGAGGCCGUUAACGCCGUCAACGUUAACGCUAACAGUAACAGCAGCAACGACCACAACAGCAAGCGGAAGCUGGAGGACGAUUUCGACGCGUUCACGGCGUCGAAAUCCGCCGAUCUCGCGAAGCCGUUACGCGACGCGCAGAUUCCGUACAAGAUCCACAUCGUGAAGGACCACGACAUGAAGGAGCGGCUCUGCUUGGAGGUCGAGCGGCUUGGUCUCAGCGCCGUUAUCAUGGGCAGCCGUGGCUUCGGCGCUGUGCGCCGUGGUAGCGAUGGCCGGCUCGGCAGCGUCAGUGAUUACUGCGUUCACCACUGCGUCUGCCCUGUCGUUGUUGUUCGCUAUCCCGACGACAAGGAUGCCGCCGGCGCCGCCACCGCUGAGGCCGUGGUGGCCGUGAAGGAGGGCGAGGAGGGCGAGGCGGUGAUUCAGCCUGUGCCUCAUAAGAAAGAGGAUUAGCGGGAGCCAACUCAUCACUUCAGCUCUGUCUCUGCAGAAUGUUUCUGAUCCAAAGGGAUUGGUGGGAAUGGUUGUAGAGUGCUCUCUUUCUCUUCCUGUCAGGUUGUACUUAGAGUAUUUCCUGCAUAUGAACUGUGGAAUGAUUAUGGAUGAUUUUGUAUGGCUUGAUAUGACCUCGGUUCCUUUAGGCUGUUGGAAGAUUGUUUUUGGUUCCCAAGUGGUAUAUACUCUUUAAUGUAGAUGUACAAGUUUGACUGUGGCUGUUUUUGGGGUUGUUUUCCCAUUAUGUAUCGGAUUAUCAUGACGAGCACUUGUUUAGCUAUUUGAUGAUUUUAUAGAGCUAUGUUUAUGGAACUACGACUAAUUUGUGCAUGUCAGCACGUUUACUCCUUUUUCAGACACAUCGACUAAGCUAAACUAAUGUUGAUAACGAUAAUCCAGUGAAUGGUGGCAGUCAAUCCUUGACACGGUUAACGAAUUUUUUCCUGGAUAUAGUAUUUCUAUUUAUAGGCACAAGGUUGGCUUGGUUUGAAGUUUAGUGGUUUUUAGUCCGAAUAUGGUGUCCACCAUAAUUAUAUAUUUGAU